UUGGACAUGAUUGAAGUUCGAAUUAAGAAAAUCGUUGUUACGAUUCAUGAGACGUUUUCCGAUGUUGUCACGUUCCAGGGUCGUCCUUAUCUUGAGAAAAUGUCCAGUGAUCGUACAGAGAUGUUGUAUUGGCUUCAACAGGAACGGCGAGAGACCGCUCUCGAUAUGGCGAAGAAAACUGUGGAACUUAGGAUGUUGGAAAUCCCUACGACUGUAAAUAACGUUGUGUGAAUGUGUCAUUGUCUUUAAAAUAUUGUAAAUGCUCUGGAUCAGACGGUGUAAAAAAUUCAAACGAACAUCUCCACACUAAAGCAAAAAUAACUAUGUUGUUUAAAUGGGUAUUAGAUAGGGGUGCGUCAAACUGGGUGUGCACUUUCGAUUUACUGCGAAAUUUCCAUAGAAUUACUAUUGUAAUUCAGUUAAAAAUAUACGUGAUUAGUCUCUAUAUAUAGAGGCUGUCGUGUUUUUGAUCUAUUUCAUCAAGAAAAUUAUGGCGAUUACAUGUGAUUGUAUUUUUCUUUGACCUGGGUCAUGUUGUAUGGUAGUGUGAUAACAUCUUUUCGUGCUUUAAACAAGCAGCUAGUGAGAAUUUUCUAGCAUUGGCUACUCAAAAUGCUUGU